AUGCACCGUAGGCACUUUCUGGCGGCUCAGGCCUGGUACGCCAUCAGCCAGGGCGCCCCCGCCUUCCUCAACCCCUUCCUCAACCUCUUCUUCCACCGCAUCGGCCUCUCGCCCAGCCAGAUCGGCCUGCUGUCAGCGCUGCGGCCCUGGAUAUCCGCCCCAUGCGGCUCCAUCAUCGCGGGGCUGGCCGACCGCUGGGGCUCCCACCGCCCGCUGCUGCUUGCCUGCUACCUGGGCAUGACCUGGAUCCAGGGCCUCAUGGCGCUGCCCUCGCUGGCCAGCUUUGGCGCCAUGCUGGCGCUGACGGUGCUUUCGUCGGUCGUCUAUACACCCGCCUCCAUCCUGGCCGAUGCCGCCGUCAUGGCCGCAAGCACGCACCCAGGCGACUAUGGGCGGCUGCGCACAUGGGCGAGCGUCAGCUGGACGGCGUUUGCGCCGCUGGCUGGCUGGGUGAACAGCAGCUUCGGCAUCAGGGUGGGCAUUGUGUGCUUCUGUGUAGGCUCCAUGCUGGCGGUGCCGGCGGCCUGGAUGCUGCCUGUGGAGGCGCUGCGGCGCAGGGUGGCCCCUAUCAUCCAGCGAAGGCCAUCCUGCGAGCCAGAGGCGGCCCCUCCCACACCCGGGCUGGAGCAGCCGCUGCUGGCAGAGGAGGCGCCGCCGCCCACCCCCGCCGCCGAGCGCCCGCUCACCCGGGCCCUGGCCAUUGUCAGGCGGGUGGCGGCCAGCCGGCAGGCAGGCUCCUUGUUGCCAUUGCCUCCCAGGCAGGCCGCAGCUUCACCCGACAGUGCAUCACUUUUGUGCCGCGGCUGCAGGUUCAUCGAAACCAUCACGGAGCUGGGUGUCGUUCCGCCAGGCGGCGCCGGCCUCUACGGCUACGCGACGCUGCCGCUGCACUACGCCGCGCAGCACCUGGCGCCCGUGGAAGAGUCGCCCCGCGAGGCCGCAGCCUUCGCCGGCUACAGCCCUUUUGCGGGCGGGGCGGAGCCCGGCUCUGAGUCCCCUCCCUCCGGCACCUCCCCGUCCACGGCGCCCCCAGUGGGCAACGGCUUCGCCCCGACGGCAGAUGCAAGCGGCGAGGGGGCUGCCCCCGGCGGCGGCCCCGCUGCCUGCCCGGGCAGCCCCCUGGCGCCGCCCUCCCCGGCCGCUCCGCGGCCCGGCCUGCGCCCCACACACGGCUCACUUCAGGAUUUGGGGCGGCGCCCCGCCACCCUGCCGCGCCCCAUCAGCGCCGACAGCCUGGGCCGGGUGGCCAGCCUGAGGGCGGGGAUCCCUCGCGUGAGGACGAGACCCCUGCUUCUGGUGCCCCAGGAGGAGGUCACAUCUGAGUCUGAGGAGGAGGGGGGCGAGGAGGAGGAGGAGACCAUCAGCCCAGACUCGGGCAAGACGCCACCUGCUGCCUGCUGGUCCAGCCAGCCCAGCAGCACCGACCUGCUGGCCUGCCAUGCCUUGCAUCGCUCCCCGCCUGUGAUCGAGCAGUGCUCCCCAGCGGCAGCACAGCUGACGCGUUAUGUGGUGCUAACUCCCCACGGCGCCCCCACCCAGGAGCGGCCGCACCGGGCUCAGCCAGAGCAGGAGGAGGGCACCGUGUUUGAUGCCGACGACUUGCCUGCCACUGGCCAGGGUGCCUCCCGCCGGCUCCAGGGCGCGCCCUCUGCCUCCCGGAUGCUGGGUGACGUGAGGGGCAUAGGCACCCCCCCGCCACCCGCAGCUGGGGCGGGGCCGCAGCCUGUGGCCGGGCAGGCCGGCUCUGGCGAGCUGCCUGUCAGCUAUGGCAGCCCGCAGCAGGCCGACCAGGCGGUGGGCGCCCAGGCGCCAGCGCCUGCGCCCCUGCAAGGUGUGGAGGCCGCCGAGGCCGCCACCCCCGCCUUCCGCUCCGCAGCAGUGCACCGCCUGGCUCAGCUGUUUGGCGGCACAUCCAGGGGCCGCGCGGGCAGGGGCGGGGCGGCUGCGGAUCCCGCCAGGGCUGGCAGCAGCGGCAGCGGGGGCGAUGCGGAGGCUGGCUCGCCCGCACAGACACCCAGCGCUGCGGGCGAGGAGGCUGUGGGCUUCUCGCCUGUGCGGCGAUACCUUGAUUACAGGUGGGCAGGAUACCUUGAUUACAGGUUGGGAGGCGCCCUUUUCGGCUCCAUCACUCCCUCCCUGGUGGCCGCCAGCCAGCUGCAGGGCCCGCAGGUGCAGCAGGUGGGGCCCGAGGCGAUGCGGGAGGCUCUGGAGCUGGAGCUGGCUGAGGUGGCGCAGGAGCAGGACCCCACCGGCUCCAUGAUUGUGGGCAUGCUGAGCAAGAAGCUGGAGAGCAUGGCGGCGGACAGCCAGCGCAAGCAGCGGCUGCGCCGCCGCGCCGCCGCGCGCGCCCAGGCGGCCGCGCCGGCGGCGCCAGGGGCCGCGGAGGGCGCAGCCGCGCCGCCGCCGCUGGCGUCGGUGCCCGAGCAGGGCGAGGCGGCAGCGGGCGGCGUCAAAGAGGCGCCGCUGGGUUUCGGCGCGGCGCUCAAGCGCCUGCUCGGCGACCCGCAGGUCGCCACCUUCUUCUGGCUUUGCACGGUGCUGGGGUUUGGCCACGGCAUGGUCGGCGGCUUCCUGUUCAUGUACCUGGCCCAGCUGGGCGGCAGCGAGAUGCUGAUGGGAUGCAUCCUGGUGGCGAAUGCGCUGCCAGAGCUCCCCGCCUUCUUCUUCUUCGGCAGCAUCCUGGCGGCCCUGGGCAUGAACACCGUGCUGCUGGCGGCCUGCGCCACCCUGGGGCUGCGCGUGUGGGCCUACUCGGUGGGGACCUGCUGGUACCACUAUGUGGUACCGCUGCUGCUGCCCAGCAUCAACCUUAACUGGAUCGUGGCCAUCGAGACCCUGCACGCCGUCACCUAUGCCUGCGGCUGGUCGGCCUCCGCGGUGAACAGCUCCAAGAUUGCACCCCCCGGGCUGGAGAGCACCACCCAGGGGCUGUUCCAGGGGCUGUGGACCGGCGUGGGGUGCGGCGUGGCGGGCCUGGUGGGCGGCCUGCUGUACGACUCGCACGGGCCCGAGCUGCUCUUCAGGCUGUCGGGUGAGAGGGCUUGCCGGGCAGCUGCCAGCCUGGAUCCGAAGCCCUUGCUGGCCACACAACACACCUGGAUGGGGGUUUAA